AUGAAGUUAUCCGACACACUAGGCAUCUUGGCGGCGCUGCUGGUGCCCUACCGGGUACAAGCGGCCGCCGUCUUUGCGCAUUUCAUGGUGGGCAACGUACCAACAUGGGGAGUCAACGACUGGGAGUCCAACAUGAGGCUGGCACAGGCGUCACAUAUCGACGCUUUCGCGCUCAACGUGGCGUUUGGAUGGCCUCAAAACGACGCAUCAGUAGCCCAGGCAUUCCAAGCCGCCGAGGCCGUGGGCUUCCGGCUCUUCUUCUCCUUCGACUACGCCGGCAACGGGUCCUGGCCCAUGAAUGUCGUGACGAGAAUGCUCAACCAAUACGGCGGCUCCAACGCACACUUCAAGUACCAGGGCAAGCCGUUCACCUCGACGUUUGAAGGGCCGGCCAACGCCGACGACUGGAACACCAUCAAAGCCAACACGGGAUGCUUCUUCGUGCCCAACUACUCGUCACUAGGGGUCGGCGGAGGCGUCGCCGACGGACUCUUCAGCUGGGCGGCGUGGCCGUAUGGGCCGAACAACAUGACGACAAACACAAUUGCAAUCCCGCAGCUGGCUUUAGGGGUGCACGCCAGCCCGAGGCUAUCACUGACCCUGCCAUAUGACCUCGAGUUCACUCUCCGCCGUAUAGAUGACAAUACAAGCCGGCCCUGCAUUGUCCGAUGGAGCCCCGGCGUAGAAGCUUUCUCGGCCGCAGGUCUCGAGCUCUGGCGCCACACAAGCCGUGCGAAUGACGGGUCAGAUUCUCUCGUACGAGUCGAAGUCGACUACUCCGGUGGCGCGAAGCUGGCUGUAGCCUCCCCACGCCUCCUCGUUCAGGGCUGGGAUCCCUUCCUUUGGGAGCUUUGGCCCGGAGGACACGUCCGCUUCACGGCCCCGUUGCAUGAGCGCUAUCACAAGGGACUUGUUGAAGGCGAGCGCUAUGAUCUAGUCUGGCCGGGCGGCGAGAUUGCCAUGUGGGAUUGGGGCACGAAGCAUGAACACGUUGGCCUAGAACUACGGGUCGACGCCAGCCAACCGCCGCUCCGUGUGCCGGCGAGGUGCCGCGUCUCUUUCACAGCGGCUGCCGAAGCCGAGAACGGAGCAAAGCGUCUAGAGGCAAUCGCCGAACAGGAACGAGCUCCGUCGACGCCUCUCCUCAGUGCAACGCUCGAGUGCCCAUCGACAAUACCCUAUGGACACCCCUUUGGCGUCACUCUAAAAGUUACACACGGGGGACUAGUUUCCGAUACGCAUGAGCUGGAACUCACAGGGCGCUCGGUCUCCGCGAAGGCUUCCGUCUGUGGCGUCAACGACGGCGAGAGGCAUCGAAUGACUCGCAUGAUGACGACAAAUGGGAUGAAUGCGACAUUCCGGACGACGAUGCUUUUCCUGAUUGCCGACGACCCGCCCGUCGUCGUUCGGAUAAGGAACGAUGUUGACAACUUUGUCACUCUCCGCGUGGGUGAGACGUGGAACUUGGCGAAGGUCUUUGACUGGAGCUCGCUCCCUGAUGACACCAUGCCCGGCGAUGUCUUUUCCUUCGUGUUCCAGGGCACUUCCGUGGAUUGGUGGGAUUGGGGGAGCCAAGAACAGAGCAUCGAGACACAGUCGUGA